GUUACGUCUGACCGUAAAAAAUAGAAACUUCCAAGAUGGCCGAGGCCGUGGACUCCAUGCAUUUCGCAGCAAACAGCAAAACAAAUUCCCCUAAACCCCUGAUAGCUAAAAGACCGCCGGAGAGCCGACCGCAGUCUUCCAGCGACAUUUACCCGCCGCCCCCUAAGAAGGUCCGGGUGGAGGAGAAGGGCCUGAAGCACAGGAAACUGAAUGGAGAGGUGUGCGCAGGGGAAAAACACAACGGGAAGCAGAGUUGUGGGAGCCCAGCGAAAUGGAGUUUCGGCCCGGCCCAGGCGAGCCUCUCCACCGCCGCCGCGGUCCCCACUACUCCCGCUCGGAAAAUCUUCAAAAUCAGCAACUUCCUCGCCUCGCCUCACAAGGCGAAGAAGGCGAAAGAGAAACGGCACAAGGAGAAGGAGAAAAGCACCGAAGCGCAGCGGAGCUCCGCCGCUGCUGUGGAGAGAGUGAGCCCAGCUAGCUGCCAUACAAAGACCGAGAACGGCGACGUGAAAAUGCUACCGAGAGAUCACCACGUGAAGGAGAAAGACAGAGAGAAGAAGAAGGAAAAGAGUAAAGAGUGGAAAAAUCACACGUUGACACCUGUAACGUUACAUGACUUUGCAAGAGAAAACGGAGAAGUGCUUUCUCCACAGAAAGAGUCUAAAGAGAAACCCAACGCUGGCUCUGAAGAAGACCUCCUGCUGAAGAAACUUAAGAAGAAGAAGAAAAAGAAGCAUAAAGAUGGCGAGCGAGUGAAGGAGAGGCACAGCCGACCCAAAAUGUAUCAUCGCUCAUGCCAGACAGUGUCUUCAGGAGUCUCUCUUGGUCCGCCUGAAUUCCUCAGUCGAAUUAAUGGAAACAACAGCAUUAACAGCAUUAACAGCAGCAGUCUACUCCACACCUCCGCAUCACCACCACCACCACAACAAUACCACCAUCAUCAGGACCCUUCUGUUACUGGCAUUAUUUCUGCCUCCAUCUCCUCCAUGGUCAGGGACAGACUCAGCUACAGCUCCCCACUCCACUGCACCCCGGCCCCGGGCCUGUCAGGUCUGGAGUUUGGUCGUCUGAUCCACAUCGAGCAGCAAGCCAACGGAGGGGCGUCCGUGGCGCACGCCUACACCGAGCAGCUCUCCGGUCUGUCUCCGGCUGAGAUGCAGCGUUUCGCCCAGGAGUUUGUGACCCUGUCGUUCAGCGAGGGCGAAGCCCAAGCUGCGUGUUUUGUCAUGGGAAUCAUCCAUGGAGCGGCUUCCUACCUCCCAGACUUCCUGGACUACUUCUCCUACAAGUUCCCCAAUGCGCCAGUCAAGAUGGAGGUGCUCGGGAAGAAGGACAUAGAGACGACAACCAUGCUCAACUUCCACUCUCAGGUGAAGCGGACAUAUUCCCAGGGAACAUACCGUGCUGGGGCCAUGCGGCAGGUCAGUCUGGUCGGUGCUGUGGAUGAAGAGGUUGGAGACUACUUCCCCGAGUUCAUCAGCAUGUUAGAGGAAUCUCCCUUUCUGGAGCGGACUCUGCCCUGGGGAACGUUCUCCAGUCUGCGGCUGCAGAGCCCCACUGAGAGCGACGAUGGCCCCAUAAUGUGGGUCAGACCAGGAGAACAGAUGAUCCCUAUGGCAGACAUGCCAAAAUCACCCUUCAAAAGGAAACGGUCCACCAACGAGAUAAAGAACCUGCAGUAUCUACCUAGAGCCAGUGAGCCCAGGGAGAUGCUGUUUGAGGACCGGACGAGAGCCCACGCUGACCACAUCGGUCAGGGGUUCGAGAGGCAAACUACUGCUGCUGUCGGGGUGCUGAAGGCUGUCCGCUGCGGAGAGGACAGUGAUGCUCCCGGACGGAUCACCAAAGAUGUCGUGUGUUUCCACGCUGGAGAUUUCCCAGAUGUGGUCAUGAGGCUGCAGUUGGACCUCCACGAACCUCCGCUUUCUCAGUGUGUACAGUGGAUCGAUGAUGCCAAGCUGAACCAGCUGAGGAGGGAGGGGAUCAGAUAUGCCCGAAUCCAACUCUACCACGAUGACAUCUACUUCAUUCCCAGAGGAGUUGUCCACCAGUUCAAAACUGUGUCUUCUGUCUGCAGUCUGGCCUGGCACAUUAGACUCAAACAGUAUCACCAACACGAAGAGAAGGACGAGGAAGACAAGUGUGCACCUCGAGAAGACACACUUUAUAUCAAAGAAGAAGAAGAGGAGGAGGAGGAGGAGGAGGAAGAGGAGGAGGAGGAUAACGAGGAGGUUGAGAGGAAGGAGUGCGGGCCUGCUGUACGGAUGCUGAUGAAGCUAGAGGAUGAGGACACUGAGGGAGAGGAAGGGCCGCCCUCACUAAGGCCAACACCGAUUUUCAAGGAGGAAGCGCAAGAAAACAGAGCUGAGAUGAAGGUGUUGUCAAUGACACCAUCUUUACCUUUCAUCAAGAAGGAGAGAGACGAAGGUGUACUCAGUCACAUGCUACUGGAGCCUAAAACUGAGGAAGAUGAGAAAGAGGAUGGUAAGGGAGGGGAAGACACAUGCCAGACACUGCAGAAGGGCCAUGAGGAGGGUGCAAUGGACAGUUCGUCCUUAAAGUCACUACACCAAAUUAGGAAGGAGAAUUAUGUGGAGGAAGAGAGGCUGCAAAAGACAACUGUACCUGGUCAAGGAGUAAAGGAGAAAGCUAAAGAUAGUUUAAUGAGCACUUACAACUCUCCACAAUUUAAAAAAGAAAAAGGAAAAAGAGAGAGAGAUGAAAAGGAGAGGGUUAGGGAGAAGAAGGACAAGGAGAGGAGUAAAGACAAGGAAAGAGAUAAAAAGGAUAAGGGUAGAGAUAGAGAGAAAGACAGGGUGAGAGAGCAGGAGAAAGUUAAGGCUGAGGGAGGAAGAGAGGGCGGUACCUUGAUGCAGCCAUUGCCGCAGCCAUUGCCAUUGCCGCAGCCAUUGCCGCAGAUGAGGAAAAAAGAGGACGAGGAGCGGACAAGAGAGGGAAGUAAAACCUCUCAAACGUCCCUGCCUGCACCGAGAGACGAGAAGUGGGCCAAGGAGUGGGACUUAAAGACACAACCCCACGUCAAGAGAGAGAAGGAGCACGAUAAAGACAGGGGAGGCACACAAGGGGCAUCCUUCUUACGACCAAACAGAGAGGAGGCCCGGGACGCCUAUUUGCAUAAACACAAGUCUUCCCACGGGAAGAAGGAGAAAAGCGGUCACAGGGAGGGCAAAGAGGGCAACACGUUGAGUACACAGGGGGUGCAGGCAAAGUCAGGGCGAGAAGACGGGAGAACGGGCAUUUCCAAACCUGCAAAUAUUCAGUUUAAGAAGGAUGGAAAGAAGGAUAAAGACGUCCACAGUAAAGAGGAGAGGAAGAAGUCUGCGUCUGGUCCUGCGCUACAAGAACACAAACCACCACGGACACUAAUCACCUUUGACCUAUUUAAGCCAAUGGAGGCUCACCAAACUCUGGCCCUUUCCUUCACAGACAGUCGGCCUAAGACCCACCACCACAGUGACUCAAGAAGCUCUUCCUCUAAACCCGGAUCUGACAGUCGGACAGUUGUGCCCUCUAAAGGUCCAAAAGUAAAGGACACAGUACAGGGAAAACCUGGCACCCCACUACAGGACACUCGGCCGCAGCACUCGUUAAAACAGCCCCUUAAGACACACACGCCCCAAACACAGAAAGACUUCUUAAUAUGAAUGUCUAGAUGUCUCGUCUUUUUUUUUUUUUUUUUUUAAACUGUACAACUUACACUGAGGCUUUGUUAAAGUAUUUCAAAAUGCAUCCUUCUUUCAGACAUCCACUGGACUUUUUUUUUUAAAUGUGUUUUUGACAGUCACAGCCACAUUAUUCCAGUGAGGUAGUGAAGAAAGGAUGCACCCUCCAAGUAUUUUAUCAGUGCCUAAGAAUGUAAGCUAAGUAGCUCACUUCACGUUUGUUAGCGAAUGUACGUAGGCUCUAUAUAAAAUGUUAUGUGACCCAUGUGUCAGUGCCUGUGCACUACUUAGCUUCGCUCUUAAAGCACCUAUUUUAGGUACUGGACUAGCCACUCUGAAAACAACCAUCCUUACUCCCUGCUAUAGGAAUUACACCACAGCAAAUCACCAAGCUCAUGCUGAAACCCUCUUUGCCAUGUUGCUUUAGUAGAUGAGGUUUGUUGUUUAUAGCACUCCAAAACCGGAGCAAGUAGUUGUUUUCAGACUGGACGUUGGUUGACUCACACAGGGCUGUAAAUGAUACUGUAUGUACCAAAACUGUACAGUAUAGAUGUUAUUAGCACUAAUGUGAGAAAAUGUAUACAGAAAUUGCAUAUAUUUUUUGUAAGACAAGUUUUAUUUUCCAUAGAACUUAUUUAUAUCAUUUAUUGUCCGUUUUUAUUUGAAACCAAUGUAUGUGAAAAUUUUGUUGUAAAUACAUUUUAUUUCCUAAGAUAAGACUUGGUAGUGUGAUUUAUACUCUGAUGAGAACCUCUCAAUAAAUGGUUCAAAAAUAUUGAA